UGCGGUUGUUUAGCUCUGACUGAUCCUGUCCGGCCGGCAGUGGUGGAGAGCUGGAUGCUGGAGAGGCAAAAGUGGAUGCGGGACAUAAACAGGAUAGGCUUUGCAGGGUUCGGGGCUGAAAUUUUUUAUUUUUAUUUUAAGUUCAUUUUUUUAACCCAGCGGGGGACUUUACCAAAUGUGAACUUCAAGCCAGGAAGAAAACCGGUCUGUACGGAAAAAACAAAAAUAAAAGCUAAAGCUAGCAGGAAAAACUGGGACGCGCGACAUCCCUAAUAGGUAACAUCAGUCGGGAAAUUUACUGACACGGAAACCGAGGUGCGAAGGAAAAGUGGAGCUAACGGGGGAAGAACAAUAAGCAUCACCGCCUCGGAGACCGUUAUUAUCCCUGAAGCAUGGCCGAUGCAGAGCUGGACUUCCAGACCGGCGAUGCGGGGGCGUCCGCCACUUACCCCAUGCAGUGCUCUGCUCUGCGCAAAAACGGCUUUGUCGUGCUGAAAGGACGACCCUGCAAGAUCGUGGAGAUGUCCACCUCCAAGACCGGGAAGCACGGCCACGCUAAGGUUCACCUCGUGGGCAUCGACAUCUUUUCUGGUAAGAAGUAUGAAGAUAUUUGCCCCUCCACUCAUAACAUGGAUGUUCCAAAUAUCAAAAGGAUGGAUUAUCAGCUGAUUGGUAUCCAAGAUGGCUACCUCUCACUGCUCCAGGACAGCGGGGAAGUCAGGGAGGACUUGAAGAUUCCCGAGGGUGACUUGGGAAAAGAGAUAGAGAGCAAGUAUGAAGCCGGGGAGGAGAUCCUGGUAACCGUUCUCAACGCAAUGGACGAAGAAGCCGCCAUCGGCAUCAAAGCUUUGGGCAAAUAAGGCUCUGGAGGUGAGGGCAGACCUGGAGCUCCUGCAACCCCGCUGCUGCUCUCACCUCGCUGCUGCCACCUGAGCGAAGCCUGUCGGAAGACGGGAGCCACUUGUGUAAAAAGAUGAGGCAGAAAGGGGGCGGCACUUCCAGUCUUUUUAAGUUUUGCCAUUCGGGCCAGACAUUUGGUAAAAGACGCACCAACUCGUACGUGCUCAUGAUACUGAACGCAUACGUUGUUUUUUUUUAUAUGAAUGCAUCGUAUGAUUAUAUUUUUAUGCAUAUGCUUUUGAACUGGAAAUCUAGGGAUCAGGUUAACAUCCGAAGACCGAAAAAACUGACGUUUUGUGUGAAGUUGUGUGCCGCUGUGGGCCUGCCUCCCCCUUAAUCCACCCUCCGGUUUUUGUUCAGCACCUUAUGGAGCGCCUAAGGGUUCAUCUUGUAUUUAGAAGCAACGUUAUGUUUCUUUUUGAGGGUUGCACAUUGUUUUACAGCCUCAUACAACAAACUGUAGCAUUGUUGGAAUCAACUGUUUAAUGCACUUUUUCUAGAAAUAUGUGGGCGCCGCACUGAAGCGUGCACCAAAGAUCUGUCGUUUCUUCCACUUAGACCAGUCGAAACACUUUCCCCACCUUUGUUGAUCUGUUAGAGGGGAAAUAUGAGGGAAUUUUAUGUUUUUUUAUUUUUCAAUUUCUUCUCCCCAAAGUAAACCCUGGGACUUAAAUGCAAAAUGUAACAGAAAAAGCAAAAAAGCAAAAAUGAUGUUAAAGCCACAUUCAAGUUCAUGUGUACAGAAGGUUUUAAAGCUGUUGAGGUUCCACUCUUUUUUUUUUUUAAUUAUUAUGCCUGUUUCAGGUUAAUCAAGGGCUUCAACUCUAAAUCUGCAUUGUUCUGGAGAGCUUGUUCAGCAGUUGCUGCACACGAAACAGUUUUGUAUCAGCAUGGCGACAGGAUGUGAACCGGCGUCUUAUUGUUGUCGAGCUAACAUGAAAGAGGUUCAGUUUGUUUGCCUGAAAGCUCAAAAACGUUUAAAAAAAAGAGACAAAUUCUUUAGACAAAAUGUUGGAAGAAUCCGUGUAGGAAACACGCUGCGGUGUGGAGUCACUGAGAACUGGCUUCUAGCGGUUUGGCGUCCUUACCUUGUUUUCAUACAGCCGAUCCAAACUGUACGGAAUGUCUCUACGGCCAAAAGUUAAAAUAAAAUAAAAAAA